GGGGGUCCUGGGAAGGAAAUGGCGGCGGCGGAGCCGGAGCGAGGGUUUCCAGUCCCAGGGCAAUGUGCCUACUUCGUCGAGAGGAAGAAGCGCUUCUGCAAGAUGACCCCGGCUCCUGGGAGGCGCUUUUGCGGAGAGCAUGGGCAGCAGGAGGAAGAAAAUGAUAGGAAAAGAAUUCCGUGCCCUCUUGAUCCAAAACAGUCUACUUCGUUCAAGAUAUUAAUGCAGGUUUAAAAGAUGUAGCAGAAAUAUCAGAAAAACAAGUACCUAUCUCUUCUCUAUCCAAAGAAGAGCUGGAGAACUUAAUUAUCAAGCUGAAAAAAGCAAGUAAUGGCCUGGAACUUUGCCUUAAGGAACGAAUACUGUCCCACCAGGCUUUACAAGAAGCCUUAAAUGACCCAAAGAAUGGGGAAUCUGCUUUCAAGCACUUGAAACAACAGGCUUCUAUUUUAGGUAACAUGGAAAAAUUACAUUUACUUGGUCCAGGAAGAUGUUUUGUUGAGUUUGGAGCUGGCCGAGGAAAGCUGUCUCAUUGGGUUGAUGUUGCCUUACAGAAUGUUGAAAAUGUUCAGUUUUUGCUUGUGGAAAGGGCAACUACAAGAUUCAAGGUGGAUGGAAAACAUAAAAGGAGAGAUUCUAUAUUUGAAAGGCUUCAAGUUGAUAUUCAACAUCUAUGUUUAAAGAAGGUACCUGUUCUGAAGAAGAAAAAACUACCAGUGGUAGGAAUUGGGAAGCAUUUGUGUGGUGCUGCAACAGAUCUUGCUUUGAGAUGCUUGGUUGAAAGUUAUACAGCUUGCUGUGAUGGAGAAAAUGAGCACCCUGCACCAAAACGCUCUAGGACUGAUACGACAGAGGUGGCUUCUAAUAAUUCUGCUGAUAAUGAAGGCAACAAAGACGACUGUAAGCCUGUAGCUGGAAUUGUUAUUGCACUGUGUUGCCAUCACAAGUGUGACUGGACACACUAUGUAGGCAGAGAGUUCUUUAAAUCAGUAGGACUUGGACCAGUAGAAUUUCAUUAUUUUCAGAGAAUGAGUAGCUGGGCCACUUGUGGCCUGCGAGAAACCACAACCAAAGCCUCUACAAGUGAAGAAAGUGAAGAUCAAACUAAUGACACAGAAGAACAUGAGCAAACACUCAGCAAGACAGAGAGCGGUUCUGAUACUUUACAAGGGAUACUUACUGUUGAAGAACGAAAGGAGAUAGGUUGCCUCUGUAAACUGCUGAUUGAUCAUGGACGGAUUGAAUAUUUACAACAACGAGGAUACAAGGCUGUGCUACAGUAUUAUAUAGAGUCUGCUGUGUCCUUGGAGAAUGUCCUGCUGACAGCUGUCCCAAGUCCAUCUUUGAUACCAAAGCCAACUCAUGUAUGACAGGAGAUAGAUUUGGAAUUGGUAGGAAAAAAAACUAUAAAACUUAUCUGGAUUUUCUUUAAAAAGCUAAUUCAUUGCUUAGAAAAAAACUGUUUUAGUCUUCCCUGUGCCCAGGAAAAGGUCUUUUAUUUCCCAGUUUCACUGGGAAUUACAAAUAUGCAAACCAGUUCUCAUGAGUGGAAAAAUAAAAUCCCUAAGAAUAUUUGAAA